AUGAAAGUGUACGUCAUGUUUGACGUCACUGCUGCAGCAGAAGUGCUGGGUGUUGGAAAAAAGCAAUAUAGAAAUGUAGCUUUAAGAAAACCAGCCAAUUUGUCUUCUGUAUGGAGAUCGGAUUCAGAUGCAUUUAACGCUGUUGAUGGUAUAGGAAUCGUCACGGUCAGUGGGCCAGAGCACUGUGCUCACUCUGAUGGUUAUGAACGCAAUCCCCACCUAACAAUUGACCUACAGAACCUGUUCUACAUUGAUCACCUACUUCUUCUAACAAGAGGAGAUACGAGUGCGGAGUUUUUUCAUGACGUUGAAGUCCGGAUAGGAAACCUGACUAUUUGGGAGGAGAUGAAGACCUGUGGUCUGUUUAGCGAGACUGCAGAACUUGGUCAGUGGUAUAAAAUCCAGUGUGCCUCCUGCCUUGUCGGCCGAUUUGUAACAAUAAAGAUUACUGGGGAUAGAAUGAUGACAGAUCAUGAUGGAAAUUUGCUAAGCUUAUGUGAAGUUUCCGUCUGGGGAAGAAGAUACUACAAUUCAUAA